CUCGCAAAUUUUCUUUUGGGCUGCCACGAAGCUUCGCCGCAUUUAUUUUCGUACAUUUCGUUUGUUUUUUAUCUCAUUUUGCGCAAGAAAAAGAGCGCAGGUAAUGUGCCGAAUUAUUGUGUGCUCAACGUGGAAAUCCGUGUGUGGAAUUGCGUGUACUUUCGUCCAGGCAAGCCACUAAGCAACGUCCAUCCAAAGCCGCACCGGCAUUUCCUGGACAGCAGGAGAGAGUCAAUACCCAAACCAAUAUUAUAUCAGCUAUGACCGUGGAUACCAGCAACGUGAGCGGCGGUGCGGGGACAAAGGCAAAAGGUUUCCUAACAUGGGAAAAACAAGAACAUCUCGUCAAAUUGGCGAUACUUAUUCUGGCCGCUGUACUCUCAUUCGCCACACGUCUGUUUUCCGUGCUGCGUUUCGAAAGCGUCAUCCAUGAGUUCGAUCCAUAUUUUAACUAUCGCACCACGCGAUUCCUGGCCGAGCAGGGCUUUUAUAAAUUUCACAAUUGGUUCGAUGAUCGCGCCUGGUAUCCACUUGGUCGCAUCAUUGGCGGUACCAUCUACCCCGGAUUGAUGGUCACCUCGGCUGCACUGUACAGGCUGAUGUGGAUGCUGAACGUAACCAUUGAUAUUCGGAAUGUUUGCGUAUUUCUGGCGCCGUUCUUUUCCUCCCUCACCACGCUCGUCACCUAUGCGCUGACCAAGGAGAUUCAUAGUACUGGCGCCGGUUUGGUCGCAGCAGCUCUUAUAUCCAUCGUGCCAGGCUAUAUAUCGCGAUCGGUGGCUGGUUCCUAUGACAACGAAGGCAUCGCCAUAUUCUGCAUGCUCUUCACCUACUAUCUGUGGAUAAAGGCAGUCAAGACAGGCACCAUAUUCUGGUCAGCAAUGUCGGCACUCGCCUAUUUCUACAUGGUGUCCUCGUGGGGCGGUUAUGUCUUCCUUAUCAAUUUGAUACCACUGCACGUGCUGGCGCUGAUGAUCACUGGCCGCUUCUCGCAUCGUAUUUAUAUCGCAUAUAGCACACUUUACUGUGUCGGCACCAUACUCUCCAUGCAGAUAUCGUUUGUCGGCUUUCAGCCCAUUCAAAGCUCGGAGCAUAUGCUGGCACUCGGCGUUUUUGGUCUCUGUCAGAUACAUGCAUUCGUGGACUAUCUACGCUCGCGCAUGCCCAAGGAUCACUUUGAUCUGCUCUUCAAGACACUGGUGUCGAGUGUGGUCAGCCUGGUGUUGAUUGUGGGCACGCUAUUAACAUUAACCGGCAAGGUAUCACCUUGGACGGGUCGGUUCUAUUCGCUGCUCGAUCCAUCCUAUGCCAAGAAUCAUAUACCAAUCAUUGCCUCUGUGUCGGAGCAUCAGCCCACAUCAUGGUCAUCAUUCUACUUUGAUCUGCAGAUUCUUGUCUUUCUAUUUCCCGCCGGGCUCUACUGUUGCUUCUCGCGCCUGACGGAUUCGAAUAUCUUCAUUAUUUUGUACGGCGUGACAAGUAUUUACUUUGCUGGUGUUAUGGUGCGACUAAUGCUUGUGCUGGCGCCAGUUAUGUGCGUUCUCUCUGGCAUAGCCAUAUCGCAUCUGCUGGCCAAGUACAUCAAGUGCGUGGACACAAGCAGCUCGAAGGCAGCGACGGAGAGUAAACGCCAGCAUAAGAAAUUGGAGCAGCAGAGUGGUGGGGUCAAGAGUGAAGUGGCUAUUGGUUUUGUGUCCAUCAUUACACUAAUGCUAAUCGUUUACACAUUCCACUGUACGUGGGUAACAUCCGAGGCAUACUCCUCGCCGAGCAUUGUGCUCAGCGCCCGUUCCCACGACGGUGGUCGGAUCAUCUUUGACGAUUUUCGCGAGGCCUACUACUGGUUGCAAAUGAAUACGCCCGAGAAUGCACGCAUCAUGUCCUGGUGGGAUUAUGGCUAUCAAAUAACAGCAAUGGCCAAUCGGACGAUACUCGUGGACAACAACACGUGGAACAAUACGCACAUCUCGCGCGUUGGCCAGGCAAUGGCCUCAUCCGAGGAGAAGGCAUACGAAAUAAUGCGUGAACUGGACGUGGACUAUGUACUGGUUAUAUUUGGUGGAUUGACGGGCUACUCAUCGGACGAUAUCAACAAGUUCCUGUGGAUGGUGCGCAUUGGUGGCAGCACCGAUCGCGGUGCCCACAUCAAGGAGAAGGACUACUAUGCGGCAAAUGGCGAGUUUCGUGUGGACAAGGAGGGUUCGCCCACGCUGCUCAAUUGCCUUAUGUACAAGAUGUGCUAUUAUCGCUUUGGACAAAUGUAUACGGAGGGUGGCAAGGCGCAGGGCUAUGAUCGUGUCCGUGCUUCUGAGAUUGGCAACAAGGACUUCGAGCUGGAUGUGCUCGAGGAGGCGUAUACCACCGAGCAUUGGCUGGUGCGCAUCUACAAGGUUAAGGACCUGCCCAAUCGAGGCGUCUAAAUAUGCCAAGUGCACUCUCUGUCGCUCUCUCUCUCUCUCUCUCUCUAUCCAUCUCGGUCAUUCUCAUGUGACUUUGUCUCUUUCUCGCAAACAUUCGCAUUCAGUCUAUAGGCCUCUGUAAUAUGUACAUUUAUAAGGCUUAGUUCUAAUUUUUUUGUACGAAAUCUCCAAUUAGUAUUAUUGUUUCUGUCUUACUUUAGAAGAGAGGCCCACAGGACCUCUUUUUUCUCUCUCUUUUUUUUUUGUGUAUUUUAGUUCAGAGACAUUAAGUAGCACUCUAUCGAGUUUCGUUGAAUGAACCGGAUGCGAAGCAACAACAAGUGCAUAAUCCUAAAUUGUAAGCCAGCAAACUGCACGAAAAUAUACAUAUGUAAAAACAAAUCUCAUGAAAAUGA